GUUGUAUAAAAGGAGAGUUCAGGAAUAGAGAGCACCAAACAAAAGAGGCAGCGUUUUCAACACUCCUGAGUCUGCUCUUCAACUCUGCUCAUCAUGAAGAUCUCGGUGGUAGCCUUCAUGUUUCUCUUUCUUGUGGCCUCCAUCUCUCUGCCUGUAACUGAUGUAAUGGGCUUUGAGUCAACCAUCUGCUGCCUAAGUUACACCGCGAAAAAAAUUCCGAAGUUUCGCGUGAAAAGUUUUUUCUCCACCAGUGGGACAUGCAGACGGCCAGCUCUAGUGUUUAUGCUAAGGAAUGGUACGCCAGCCUGUGUUAACCCAGGAGAAAAAUGGGUCAUGGAUAUUGUGACAUCUCUCAAAGAAAAAUGAAGAUCCUAACUGCUGAGCUUCUGCCAUAUUGCCAUAUAUUGAGGUUAACAGAGAAAUUCCAUCUGGGAAACAGCUACAUUAGAAGCUCAACUGUGCCUUCAUCACUCUCCCCAUAUAUUCUGGCAAUUUGGUGGCUGAACAGAGUCCCUGCCAGAAGAUUCCAAGGUUAGAAGGCAGGAAUCCCCUGGAUAAUCAUGCUGUGGACUUCUAGCCUCAGUUCUUGAAGGGCCUCCUUUCUCAGCUAAAUCUUCCAACUUCAGAUUCUAUUGUUCCCAAAAUUAAUUUGAAAAUUACUCUGCUUUAUCCUGAUGUGGCUGAAGACCAGGCAUAUGGUUCACCUAAAAUGUUUGAAAGCUAUACCCUUAAAUGUAAAGAGCCCACCCCUCCCGUUCUUAAAAAUCAUCUCACUUUGAGUUCUAAUGGUGCUGCUAAAUUGAAUGUGUUAUUUAACUACUGAAAUUUACUGUACAUCAGUUCAGGACUAUACUAUACUAAAUAGAAAGUCCCAGAGCACCUCUCCAAACUGCAACUCCCAGAAUGCUGUGUGGGAUAUCAUGAAAAGAAAGAUGGAAAUUUAAGUUUGUUAUAGAGAUUUCAUUAAACGUAGAUUGAAACUGAAAGCAGGGAAUUCACAAGCUAGAGGCUUCAGUGUUUGUGAAAACUAUUUUUGAAUCCUGCUCUGCACCCAUUUGUUUGUGUUUAUUUAUAUACUGAUGUCAGGGGCAUUUCACAUCCUUAUCUGAAACUGAAUAUGUGAUAUUUCUAUUUCUAUUGUGUUUGUAUUGAUACAUAGUUGUUAAAAGCUAUGUUCAUAACAGUAUUUAUUUGUCUCCAUAUCCCAGGAAGAUGUUUCUUGAUACUUUCAAAAAUAAAAAUGAAAUUUAAUUCA